AUGCCCGCAUUUACUCUUUACGGCGGUCGCGGCUCGUCCAACACCGACCGAGUGCGCCUGGUCCUCGCUGAAGGUGGCUUCACCGAUUUCGACUAUCAGCUAAUCGAUCUACGAAAAGGCGAGCAAAAGUCUCCUGAGAACCUCAAGCGUCAUCCCUGGGGCAAGAUCCCCAGCGUCACAUUUCCGGAUGGCUUCACACUCUACGAGAGCCGAGCCAUUUGCCAAUACAUCGCGACCAAGUACUCAUUCCCGCUCCUGCCGAAAGAGGACGCCGAGUCAACGGCAUUAUUCAACCAAGCCCAGCUAGAAGAAAUUCUCUACUUCGCCGACCCAGCUGGCAAGAUCGGGUUCGAGAAAUUCGCCAAGAAGUUCAUGAACUUGCCUGCCGAUGAGGUUGUCGUCCAGAGCGCGCUCAAGCAACUUGACGCCUUCUUCGACGUUGCCGAGCGACAGUUGCAAAGCCGCGAGUACAUGGCGGGCAAGGAGUUCACUUUGGUGGACAUCAACUAUAUCCCGCUGAUCCAGAGACUAUUUGCGUGCGGGUACGGGGAUGUCGUGACAAGCCGCAAGGCUGUUGCAGCGUGGUGGACCCGAUGUAUUGAACGACCUGCCAUCAAGAAGUUGAUGGACGCCGACCGAGAGGCGAUGGCUGCUGCAGCAGCUGCUGCAGCUCGUAAGUAG